AUGGAUGAAUCAAUUUCAACUGCAAAAUCAGUUACACAAAUUAUGAGAGAUUUUCUGAGUUGGCCAAGACGACACGAAAUGCACAAUGAGCCAAUAAACAGUGGCGCUUAUGUCUUAGGUAUUGCUGGCUGUUCAAACAGCGGUAAAACAACACUUUCAAAAACAUUAUCUACUACUCUGAUUAAAGAAGGUAUGCGAGUAGCAGUGCUUCCUCAAGAUGCAUUUUAUUAUCCGAUGGAACAACUGGAACGUGUCGUCAGCCGCUCAAAUCCAGAAAUUAUAUUUUAUAAUUAUGAUACAAUAAAUGCGUUGGAUAUGCAGAAAUUUGUGUUAAAUGUACAAAAAGCAAUUACUGAAAAUGAUUUUGUGAUUGCUGAAGGGAAUAUGAUAAUGGAAAUUAGUAGUUUGCGCCAGCUGUUACAUCGAUGUAUUUUUAUUACAUUAAAUUAUAGUUUGUGUGAACAAAGACGCACAGCUCGUGAAUAUAAUCCUAUGGACUUACCUGGAUACCUGGAAGAAAUUGUUUGGCCCACAUACAGAAACCAUUUAGCUAAUGCUUUCAGUCUUGCUCAUCAUUUGUCAACUAUUGUUUUUGUUGAUGGAAAUAUUCAGGGAUUUUCUAGCGAAUUUGAAGUGAAAAUGAUGCUUUCAAAACUAUCCACAAACUUAUUGCUAAUUCAAGCCGAUGAACUACAAUUAUCUUAUGCACUUGAAUUUGUUAAUAAACCAAAAAGUGGUGGUAUAUCAAUAUUUUUAGGAACUACAAGGGAUAACUUUGGUGACAAAGUGGUUGAUCGCUUAGAAUUUGAGGCAUAUGAUGAGAUGGUUUAUAAAGAAUUAGAUAGAUUGUGUUAUGAACUACGAAAAAGCUACCCUACAAUUGAUAGGAUUGCAUUGUUUCACAGAGUGGGAAAAGUAUUUGUUGGCGAAGCAUCAGUAAUAAUGGCUGUAAGUGCACCGCAUAGACAAGAUACAUUUCGAGCAACUGAGAAAGGAAUUGAUUAUUUGAAAAAUCGAAUUCCUAUUUGGAAAAAAGAGGUCUAUUCGGAUGAUACAUAUUGCUGGAAAAGAAAUUCGUAA